AUGGGGCAAGGCGAAAGCGGCGAGAAGGACGCCAUGGCGCGGCGCAUCGCGGCGCUGCGCGCCGACCCGACGCGCCGGCCCAAGUUCCUGGGGCCAGCGGCCGCCGUGCGCGAGCUCGCCUCCUUCUCUCUCUCCCUCGAGAACGGCGUCACACAAGUCUGCAAGGGCCGCGACGGCUCGUCGGCCGCGGGCCGGUGCUUCGCCGUCGACGUCGUCCAGCGCAUCGUCAUGGGCUUUCUCGCGGAGCCCGGCGUCCGCCUCCUCACGCUCGUCGGCGAGGAGGGCAGCGGCCGGUCCGCCGUCGCCGCGCGCCUCGAGGGCGUGCUCGCGGCGGCCGCGCCGGCGCUGCGCGUCGUGCGCGUGUCGUUUUCGCGGCGACGGCGCCACGGCGACCCGGACCUGGGCGCGUCGGUCGCCUGGGCGCUCUGGCGCGCGCUGAGCCCCGCGGCGCUGCCGGAGACGACGGCGGAGGCGUCGACGAACGUGUCGACGCUCCUCAAGCGCUCCGGCGAGCGGUGCGCGGGGCUCGUCGUCGUCGUCGACGACUUCGGCGACGCCGCCGAUACGCCCAGCGGCCAAGCGACGCUCCGGGCCUUGUCGCCCCAGGGCUGCGUCGCCGACGGCUGGGCCGGCGACGUGAUGCUCCGGGGCGUGCGCCUCGUCGCCGUCACCGACGGCCCGCUCCAGCGGCGCGGCGGGCGCCGCCUCCCGUUCAGCGAUAUCAUGCCGGCGGAUCGCAGGGUCGUCGUCCUCGAUUCAGGCGAGGCGCUCGCGGACCGGCUCUGGGCCCACGCGACGCGGCGCCGGCCGGACGCCGUCAAGGAGGAGAACCGCUUCGCCUUCCAGACCGCGGCGCUGAUCUUCGAGGCCGCGGCGGAGGAGCUCGGCGAGUCCGACGCGGCCGCCUUUUCGCGCGUCGUCGCCGUCGUCGCGGCCUGCCGGCGCGGCGUCUCCGUCGCGGACGUCGCGGGCGUCGCGCGCGUCGACGAGGCCGCCGUGGUGCGCGUCGUCGACGCGCUGGGCCCCGCGCUCCACGCCGGCGGCGGGCUCCUGAGCUUCGCGGGCCGGGACGUCGCGCGCGCCGCGGAGCGGCGCGCGCCGGCGCCCCUGCCCCACGGCGACUGCACCGCGAUCGUCAACCUCGUCCAGCGGCGCGCGGCCGAGGACGGGGCGUCGGCCGCGGCGUACCUCGGGCUGGGCUGCCAGCUGCUCCGGCGCCAGAGCGAGACGUCGGACGCGUGCCUGCCGCUCCUCGUGGAGCUGUCGACGGACCCGCGGUUCCUCGAGAGCGACGAGGCGCGGCGCGACGGCGGCGAGGCCGUCGUGGCCCUCUGGACGCGCGCGGGCCUCGACGGCGUCGCCGCGCGGCUCCGAGACGACCGAUUCGGCGACCGCGGCGCGGCGCGCUGCGAGCGCCGCGUCCGCGUCGGCGAGCUCCUCAGCCGCGCGGGCCGCUUCCAGGACGCGCGCGCCGUGCUCAACGACGCCGUCGCGGGCCUCGACGGCGACGGCGGCGACGGCGCGGUCGGGCCGACGGCCGCGCUCGGCGUCCGAGGCGCCGCGGCGUCGGCCGUCGCGCGGAACGAGAUCCGCUACUGGGACAGCAAGCGCGACUGGGGGUCGCCCGAGAGCCUGCAGCUCUUGCUCGACUCGUCGCAGCUCGCGGUUUUGUACCUCGAGGACGCCGUGCCGCGGCGGCCGCGGGACCUCGCGCGCGCGCGCGUCUCCGUGGCGAACGGGUGCUUCAAGGCCGGCUGCGUCUGCGACCCGCGGGGCGACCGCGCCUUCGCCUACUUCCGCGACGCCCACGCGAGCCUCGCCCGCGUCCCCGAGGCGCUCGCGGGCGAGCCCGGCGGCCGCGUCGCCGCGGAGGCGUCGCUCGUCGGCGCGGUGACGAUGAUGUGCGAGGCGCACGCGCUCUCCGCGCGGCACCGGGGCCCGCCGCCGGCGCCCGGCGACGACGCCCGCCACUACCUCGACGUCGCCGUCGAGGCCGUCGCCAGAUUCUACGAGGCCGAGUUCCAGCUCCGGGGCGCCGUCGGCGAGACGUCGGAGCCGUCGAUCUACACCUUCGGGAACCUCAGCGAGGCCUACCUCCACGUGCUCCACGAGCUCCCGCUGGGCAUCCUCCACGAGCGCAAGGGCUGCGACGUCGCCGUCAAAGCCCUCGGCGCGGACCACCCGAACGCGGCGCGGAAACUCGCGGAAUUCGCGGACGUCCUGGCGCAGAUCGGCAUGCCCGACCUCGCCGUCGGCGCGCGCCGGGGCGCCGUGCCGCCGCCCGAGGAGCUCGUCGGCCGCCUCGGCCGGCCGCCCUGGGACCACAUCCUGCCGGAGAUCGCGCGGCCGCGGCGCGUCGCGCUGCGCCGCGCGUUCGCGCGCCUCGGCAUCCCCCGGUCGUUCUGGGACGACGUCGGCGUGCCGCCGGCCAUGGUCGAGCUCGCCGUCGACGACCACUCCGACGACGACGACGUACCGGGCCUCCCGCUCACGGAGCCCCUCGACGACGACGACGACGGCGACGACGGCGUCGAGGGGCCCGCCGUCGCCGGGACGACGGCCGUCGGCGCGCCGCCGGCGCCCGCGGACCUGUCGCCGACGGUGGAGAUGCACGCCGUCGCCUCGGGCCUCCUCAUGUACAACCCGGACGCGCCGGGCCAUUCGCGCCCGGACGCGGGCCGCUCGUCGUUGGGCCGGCUCGACGCCGCCGGCGCCGUCGACGGCCGCACGACGCGCCCCGCGGCCGCGGACCGGGGCCGCGACGCCGACGGCGGCGGCGCCGCGGGCCGCGCGGGGCCCGACGACUUGGGCCGGGGCCGCCGCGGGUCGCCGGCGUCGGGCGGCCGCUCGACGGCGCGGCGGCCCGGGUGCGCGGACCGGGGCCGCGAGGCGACCUCGGUCCGCGGCCGCGCCGUCGAGGCCCCCGCGGACUUGGGCCGCGGACUCGCGCUCUCGGGCCGGAGCUGGGGCGUCGCCUCGUACUUGGCGCGCGUCAUGUGGUUGAGGCGGUCCGGCACGGAGAAGGGCUUGGAGAAGAGGGGCUCCUUGGCGCCCGAGCGGAUCGUGACGCCCGGCGCGACGCCGUCCUUCUCCGGGAGCGCGACGGCCUGGAACGCGGGGCCGUCGGACGCGCGGAACCGGGGGGCCGUGCGGUCGAUGGGGAACGCCUCGGGCUCGGCCCCCGCGUCCGGCGCCGCCCGUUCUUUGUCCGCGACGGGCACGAAGUUGACCACGGUCUUCAGCUGGCGCAUGAACCAGGUCGACGCGAAGGACCGGCAGUCGACGUCCAGCGCCCGGGCGAAGAUGGCCGCCAGCGCGCCGUCGACGACGCGGGCGACGGUCUCCGUCGCGGCCUGCUCCGCCUCCAUGCCGACGCGCGUGAGAGCCGCCGCGUCGCCCCGCAUGACACGUGCCGCCGGGGGGCUAUCUCGUUCGGCCCAUCGUGACAGUUACGACACUUCAACAACUCGGCUGAUUGCACCGAUAGUGCCGGGCGGCAUGGCAGCCCCAUCUCCGCCGACGUCGCAGCGCGACGCCCAGCGCGCGCGCGUCGUCUCGUCCUGGCCCGUGGAGCUGCUCUUCCGCACGCCGGGCCUGCUGACGCGCGCCAAGGUGGGCUGCGACUACCACGUCGCCCAGGGCCCGCGCGAGGGCGCGCGCGUCACGGUCGCCGCCGCCGACGGCGACGGCGUCGUGACGACGGGCGGCGAGCGCCUGCGGCUCGGCGACCUCGGCGGCGCGCCGCUGCCGCCGGCGGGGCGGGCCCUCGUCGGCCCGCUGCCGCCCUUCGUCAAGGUGCCCUGGGCCGACGUCGCCGCGCGGACGGGCACGCGGCCGCCCGGCGCGUGGCACGGCGUGCCCCUGCCCGGCGCCAUCGCGGACCUCGACGACGCCGCCUGGCUCACGCGGGCCUUCCGCGCCUGCGGCACGCUCGGCAACGACAACGCCGUCGCGCGCGUGUUCGACUUCGAGGUCUUGGCGCCGCAGGGGCAGUACGCCGCGGGCGGCGCGGGCGAGAAGGCGCUCUUCGCCGUCGAGUACGCCAAGCCGGCGCCCCACCUCCACACGCGGCUCUUCGCCAAGGUGCCCUGGGGCGCGAACAACAACCGGAGCUGGCGCGAGCGCAUCUCCUGCGGCUCCGACGCCGACGGCAAGGAGCUGUCCGUCUACCAGUUCCUCGGCCACGGCGUGCUGCCCUUCGACGUGCCCAAGCUCUACUUCGCCGACCUCGACCGUCAAUCGACGGACUACGUCGUCGUCACGGAGCGCUUCUCCUUUCCCCCUUCUGACCUCGAGGUCAUGCUCAGGGUCAUGCUCGACCCCUCGAACCGCAAGGAGCUGACGGCGCCGCUCCCGGGGACGACGCUCCCGCACCGGGAGAAGUUCCGGGACCGCUACGACCCCUGCCCCUGGCCCCUGCGCCUCGAGCACUACUACGGCGCGCUCAUGCGCUGCCAGGGCCAACUCGCGGCGGCCGCGGAGCGCGGCGACUUCGGCGCGGCCGCGACGCAGGUCUGGGGCGGCCCGAACAUCGCCCAUCCCGUCUACGCCGCGCUCUACGAAAGGCCGACGACCUUGGGCGCGUGGCUCUUCGCCGCCGCGGUCCGGUGCUGCUUUCUCUGCCUCGCGACGAAGCCCGGGCGAUGGCUCGCGCGGCGGUGCGCGGCGCGGCUCGGCGCCAAGGGCUUCGCCUUCGCGCGCACCGCGGGGCUCUUCCGCGCCCUCGACGUCGACGGCUUCGAAGCGAGCGCGCUCGACGCCGCGUCCUACCUGCCGCUCUUCCUCGCGCGGAUCCUCUUCGACCCGCGGCUGCGCGUCUUCGCGCACGCGAACCUCCAGCCGGACAACGCGAAAUUCACCAUGGGCGACGCCAAGUACGAGGUGCUCGUGGCGCCCUUCGACUGGGGCGGCGCGGGCUUCGGGCCCCUGCCGCUGCUCCUCGGCGGCACGUUCUCGGGGAUCCCGCACGAGACGUACGACCGCCACGAGGACCAGUUCUUCAUCGCCUACUGCGACGAGCUCUGCGCCGGCAGCGGCCGGCGCCUCGACAACAACGAGCUCCGCGACCUCUUCCGCGCCUGCGACGGCGCCAUCAGCGCCCUCGUCGCCGCGUACUACGUCGGCACGGACGUCGUCGACGCGCGGCCGGGAAUCGACUGGGCCGGGGUCGAGCACGUGCUCCACCCCCAGGUCCAGGCCCACUGGAACACGCGGUGCUGGGUGACGAACCUCCACGAGCGCGCCUGGGCCCACACGGAGCGAAAGCCGCGGACGCCGGGCCUCGACGCGGCCAAAGCGCUCGCGGAGCGGGAGGCCGUCGCCGUCCUCGGGGCGUGGGCGCGGCGCGCGAAGCUCGCGUCUGUCAUGAGCGCCAACGGGCGCCAGCGCCGCGGCGGGCGGAACCGCCGGUCCGGCGACCGCCCGCGGCCGGCGACGGACGAGAACGGGUCGCCGAACACGGUGCGGGCGGACGUCGCCGGCGAGCCGAAGCCCCCGCAGCUGCCGCGGCCCUACGUCGUCGAGCCGGCGCACGGCGCCGAGGCCACCUGCUCCCUGCUCCUCCUCCACGGCUUCGCCUGCAGCGGGCGGUCCUGCGCCGAGUCCUGGCUGCCGCAGCUCGAGCAGAUGGGCGACGCGCGCGACAAAGUGCGGCUCGUGUUUUUGAACGCGCCGCGGCGGAAGAUCUCGUGCUACGGCCCCGACAAGCCGACGGAGGCGGCCUGGCACGACUACUUCAGCGACCACGGGGGCGCCGAGGGCCGGCCGGAGAUCGAGGAGGACAUCGAUUUGCACGAUUUGGCGGAGUCGCGGCGUUUGGUCCACGCGGCGAUGGACGGCGAGGCCGCGCGCUACGGCGGCGACUACGGCAGGGUCGCCCUCUUCGGCGAGUCCCAGGGCGGCUGCACGGCCUUGGACGCGGCGACGACCCACGCCAAGUGCGUCGGCGGCGUCUUCUGCUCCUUCGGGCAGCUCUAUUCCGCGACGCCCGUGUCGUCGUCCAACAAGCAGCUCAAGGUCGUCGUCUGGCACGGGUCCCGCGACGCGACCAUCGCGCCGUCGCUCUGCCUGCGGUCCCUGAGCCGCCUGUUGGACCGCGGCUACAAGAAGCUCACGCUCCACGUCGAGGACGGCCUCGGCCACUGCGAGAAUUCGGCGACCGAGGGCUCCGCGCUCGCCAAAGCCCUGAAAAACUGGGGCUUCGUCUCCCGCGACAAGCCCCGCCGCGUCUCCCACGCCGCGGCGCCGCCGCCGGCGAAGCCCGAGCUCGUCGAGGCGCCCAAGAAGGCCGCCGCGCCGAAGCCCGCGCCCGCGCCCGCGGCGGACGCGCGCGCGCCCGCGCCGCCGCCGGGCCUCAAGCCCGCGGCCAAGCCCGCGUCGCCCCGGCCGGCGAAGAAGACGCCGCCCGGCUCCCCGAAGAAGCCCGCGCCCAAGCCCGCCGCGCCGCCGGGCCUGUCGAAGGCGCCGCCGCCGCCGGGGCUGCCCCGGGCCGCGCCCGCGCCCGCGCCCGCGCCCGCGAAGAAGGCCGCGCCCGCGCCGCCGGGCCUCGGCGCGCCGGCCGCCGGGUGGCAGGCCCUCCACCAGUUCCCCUGCGCCGCCUGCGGCGCGACGGACCCGGCCCUCUUCUCGAAGACCCAGCUCUCCAAGGGCGCGACGCGCCGCUGCAAGGCCUGCGUCUCCGGCGAGCCGAAGCCGCCGGGCAUGGCGGCCAAGCCGCCGCCCCAGGCCCCCGUCCCCAUGGACGAGGACUCGGACAGCGAGCUCGAGGGCUACGCCUGAGUGCCCGAAGGCGACGUAAGGUGCCCGCUAGUC